AUGGCAACUGGUGGUGCAAGCAAUCCGAAAACACUUUUCCCCUUGGUUUAUGACUUUCUGAAAGAAUAUUGCCAAGAUGUCGCCGAGACAUUUAAGCGGAAAUUAAAAACAAAACCUCCGCCUGCAGGAUCGCCAAAGCUUCAACAAAUAUACGGACAGUGGUCAGCUGCGAAAUUGGGUGACAAACGAAAACUAAAUACGUCUGAUGGUUCUCCAGCCUCAAAGAAGUCUAAACAAAACUCGUCUUCGAGUGACUCCUCAAGUGACUCUGAAAAUGAAACUCCAAAACAAACUCAGAAGAGGGACCGGGAGAGUGACUCGUCAGAUUCAGAUGCCAAGCCAGGGAAAAAGAAAAAGACGACUCCUAAAGCUAAGAAACCAGGCACUCAACAUGCAAAUAAAGGCACUCCAUCUAAAGCACAGAGUGGAACUUCAGAUUCUGAUUCAGACUCGGAAAGUUCAGAUACAGAAAACCAGAAACCAAAGGCUAAAAAACCCCUUGUAAACAAAACUAAAAAAAUAAUUAAAAAGUCAAAUGAUAGUUCUUCUGAUUCAGAGUCGGAGGAUGAAAAGAAAGUAUCAAAUGCUAAAAAUACAUCUUACAAUGCAGUCCCCCCACCAUCCUCUUUAAAUAGAAGUAAAGGUGCUGUUACCCCGAAAUCAAAGCCAGGAAAGAAAGAGAAAGCCCCAAUUAGUAAAGCUGAGAGCACUUCAAACACGCAAGGCAAGAAAACUCCUGCAAAGAAAGAGGACAGUUCAAGUAGCGAUUCUUCAGAUUCCUCCGACGAAGAGCCAAACAAGAAAGUAGCCACUCCUAAAGCAAGCUCUAAACCUGCAACAGCUGCCAAGUCAACUCCUGCUAAAAAGAAGGACAGCUCAAGUAGCGAUUCUUCAGAUUCCUCCGAUGAAGAGCCAGACAAGAAAGUAGCCACUCCUAAAGCAAGCUCUAAACCUGCUACACCUGCCAAGUCAACUCCUGCUAAAAAGAAGGACAGCUCAAGUAGCGAUUCUUCAGAUUCCUCCGAUGAAGAGCCAGACAAGAAAGUAGCCACUCCUAAAGCAAGCUCUAAACCUGCAACAGCUGCCAAGUCAACUCCUGCUAAAAAGAAGGACAGCUCAAGUAGUGAUUCUUCAGAUUCAUCUGAUGAAGAACCAAAAUCUAAAGCAGUAGUGCCUAAAACAGCUCCAAAAGGAAGUGGAAAGUCAACUCCUAUACAGAAAAAGAAGGCAGACAGCUCAAGUAGUGACUCGUCAGAUUCAUCAGAUGAAGAGCCAGUAAAGAAAGCUGCUACACCUAAAACACCUGCUAAAGGUACACCAGCCAAGAAAACUCCAGUUCAGAAAAAGAAGGAGGAAAGUUCUAGUAGUGAUUCUUCAGAUUCCUCUGAGGAGGAAACUGCAAAGAAAGCAACAGCUUCUAAAGCAGUUGGAAAAGUGACUCCAGCGAAAACAGCAACUAAAGGAACUGCGAAACCAGUGCCAGCAAAGAAGAAACAGGGCAGCUCUAGCAGUGACUCCUCUGAUUCUUCUGAUGAGGAACCAGCAAAAGCAUCCAUUACCAAGACAGGCAAUAACUCAAACCUAAAGGCAGGCUUUACAAAGAAGAAAGCUGAAAGUUCCAGUAGUGAUUCAUCAGACUCAUCAGAUGAUGAACCUUCAAAAAAGAUAACACCAAAAGGUGGUGCUAAAGCUUCAUCUGCCAAGUCAAAUCCAACACAGGUUAAGAAAGGAGAGAGCUCAAGCAGUGAUUCGUCUGAUUCAUCAGAAGAAGAGCCACCUAAAAAAGCAGCACCUUCAAAAACAGUUUCAAAGAAAAAGUCACUGAAGGCUACCCCUACACAGAAAAAGAAAGAGGCAGACUCAAGCAGUGAUUCUUCCAGUUCUUCUGAUGAAGAGGAGAAACAGAAAGAUGUUACAUCCAAAAUAACUACGAAAGGGGCACCUGCCAAGUCAACCCCUGCAAAAAAGAAAAAGGACAGCUCAAGUAGUGAUUCUUCAGAUUCAUCUGAUGAAGAAACAAAAAAGAAAGCAGUCACUCCUAAAGUAAGCUCUAAGCCUGCUACACCUGCCAAGUCAACUCCUGCAAAAAAGAAACAGGACAGCUCAAGUAGCGAUUCUUCAGAUUCAUCUGAUGAAGAACCAAAAUCUAAAGCAGUAGUGCCUAAAACAGCUCCAAAAGGAAGUGGAAAGUCAACUCCUAUACAGAAAAAGAAGGCAGACAGCUCAAGUAGCGAUUCUUCAGAUUCAUCAGAUGAAGAGCCAGUAAAGAAAGCUGCUACACCUAAAACACCUGCUAAAGGUACACCAGCCAAGAAAACUCCAGUUCUAAAAAAGAAGGAGGAAAGUUCUAGCAGUGAUUCUUCAGAUUCCUCUGAGGAGGAAACGGCAAAGAAAGCAACAGCUUCUAAAGCAGGUGGGAAAGUGACUCCAGCGAAAGCAAUUCCUGCAAAGAAUGAAAGCUCUAGCAGUGACUCUUCAGCUUCAUCAGACGAUGAACCUGACAAUAAAUCAGCCACUACCAAAGUGGCAGCUAAACAAAGUCCGAUAAAACCAACAUCCAAAACACAAAAAGAGGAGAGUUCCAGUAGUGACUCCUCCGAUUCUUCAGAGGAAGAAACUGUGAAGAAAGCCGCAACCCCGAAAACAGGCACUAAUAAAAAAGAACCUGUGAAAAAAUUAACAAAGGACACAAAGAGUAACAGCAAUAAAAAUAAAAAAGACAGUUCAAGCAGUGAUUCUAGCUCCUCAGACUCCAGUGAUGCAGAGGGGAAAACAUCAGGAAAUAAACAGAAAACCAAGGCUCCUACCCCCUCCACUCCUGUUCUGAUGAAUGGAGCUGUUAAUGGAUUGGGUUCAGAUAAUGAUUCUGGUGUGUUCACUUCAAAUAAGGAUGAAAAUUCUGAUAAUUCCUUCAAUCAGAAAGCCAAUAAAGGCUCUGCUAAGUCUAAGCAGAAAACACCUAACACACCGUUCAGGAGAGUACAAGCUGAGAAGAUAACUGUGGAUUCAAGGCUGGCAGACAAUUCAUUUGAAGCUAAGAAAGGAUCUGCUGGGUCUUGGGGAGAAAAGGCCAACCGUGACCUCAAGUUCACACAGGGCAAAUCAUUCAGGCACGAAAAGACCAAGAAAAAGAGGGGAAGUUACGCAGGAGGUGCUAUAGACACAAAUGUCUACUCUGUUAAAUUUGACAGUGAAUAGAGAAAGAUGUGUCAUUGAUAGACCUAACAGUAAUGUUAAUUCUUUGAUGUACAAAAUCUGAGCUAAACACAACUAAUUCCUAUUAGAGCCACUCAACAAAAUGUCUCAGAUAUACCAAAUGUUAAAGCUGUCCAUAUUUGCCAUAGUGAAAUAAAAACACUACUUUUAACAGGUUAUCAAAUUCCUUUGUGAAAAGAGGAGUUAGCAAAUUCAUUAAAAUAUAUUUUGUCAGAGAAUCAGAUGCCUAAUGAUUUCUUGUUAUAUUGUUUAUUGUAAUAAAUAGAACUUGGGGAAAAAAUUUUUUUCAUUAAAGAACAUUUUUUAUGGAUUUGUUACAUAUUUAAUCAUGAAAUAUUCUAGCUUAUAUCACCUCUGCUUUGUUUGAUAUGCUUUGAUACACUUGUGAGAUGAUGAAAGUCUAAAGUUUCUUCCUUGAUGUGCAGGGUCAUAGUCAUAUAGAGAGGAAAUAUGCCUGAAUUCCAACUGUUUACAAAAUCAUGCAAGUCACUUUACAAUUCAAAGAUUUCAUUAUAACAACAGUAUUGGUACUGUAAAUCUUUUUUUUUUUUUCAUGAGAACUUUAUUUUUGCGUAAUUAAAAUACCCAAGACGGUCUGCUCUCAAAAAUUUCAUUCUUGCAUAUAUUUUUUUUUGGCUUAGCUUAUAUACAGCAAUAACCAGCAGGUUGAAAAUUUUGUCCGGCUUAUAAGUACCAAAUAUUUAUCUUGCAAAAAUAAGUUCUCGCGAAUGCUUGGUGAUCUACAGUAGAAGUGAAUAAGAUUUCCAUUACAUCAGUGUUAUAUUCCAGGGUCAAGGUUGAAAUUAAGAAAAAUUAAAUUUUAUUUGUACAGAUCUUGCUUUUUUGAUGUUUCUCAUGUUUACAGAUGAGCUUUACAUUCAUAAACACGUUGAUUUACAGAUUAAUUUGAUGUCAGUAAUGGAAGAAAUAAAUUUGCAGAGUUCAA